AUGUCCCUCCGCUCAACACAAUCGCCAUUCCUUGAUCUGAAGUAUAUCGAUGGUGUUGAUUACGUUUACGACAAACCUGAAUGGCGUGAUAUAGGGCCAGCGGGAGGUCUACUAUCUGCACAUCAGAAGGUGCCGGACGCAACGUGGUUGGUACUUGCAGUUGACUUUCCGCUCGUUGCGAAGGAAGCGCUGGAACAAUUGGUGGAAGCGCACAAAAACACAAAGACGCCCGUGACAUGUUUCUACAACCACGAAGGGUUUGAGGAGCCGCUGUUCGCGAUAUGGACACCGGAUGCACUGGAGACACUGAAAGCGAACGUCGCGGAUGGGAAGACAGGUCCAGCUUUUACCGUACGACACCUCCUCGGCCGGAAGAAGGGGCAGGGACCGACGGAUAUCCCUGGAUACAUUCAACCAAAUCACAAAAAAUGGUUGAGGAACGCAAAUACGCCCGAUGAGUGGAAUAAUGUGGUGAAGGAAUUGGGACGAGAAGAGGAGACGGUGGAGAGACGGGUGAAUCAAGAUCAGACGCUCUUUUUACGGACGGGUGGAUCGAAGCAUAAAGACAGUGUAUCCCAAAAAGAUGUGGAGGAAGGGUUGGAGAGGGCGAUUGCCGGAUGA